AUGUCAGGAACAGGCCCUAGACUUAACAUUUUCCCCACCAGAAUGGCUUUAACAACAAUGAAGGUAAAAUUGAAAGGUGCACAAACUGGUCAUAGUUUGUUAAAGCGUAAAAGUGAAGCAUUAACAAAACGGUUCCGAACUAUAACUCAAAAAAUUGAUGAGGCUAAAAGAAAGAUGGGGAAAGUUAUGCAAACAGCUUCAUUUUCAUUAGCAGAAGUGACUUAUAUUGCUGGCGACAUUAGUUAUCAAGUUCAAGAAAGUGCCAAGAGUGCUCAAUUACGUGUUCGUACCAAACAAGAAAAUGUCUCUGGUGUCAUGUUACCAGUUUUUGAACAUUAUAUGGAGGGAGGAAAUGAUUUUGAGUUAACUGGUUUGGGAAGAGGUGGUCAACAAGUUCACAAAUGUAAAGAGACAUAUAUUAAAGCAGUGGAGACUUUGGUAGAAUUGGCUUCAUUGCAAACCGCAUUUGUGAUUUUGGAUGAAGUCAUUAAAGUAACCAACCGCCGUGUUAAUGCUAUAGAACAUGUUAUUAUACCUAGAUUAGAAAAUACAAUCAGAUACAUAAUUUCUGAAUUAGAUGAACAAGAUCGUGAAGAAUUUUUUAGAUUAAAAAAGGUACAAGGUAAAAAGAAGAAAGAUCAAAAGAUAGCCGAAGAAGAAAAGAAAGUGCUUUCACUUAUAGAAAAUGCUGAAGAUUAUUCUUCAUAUGAUUCAAGACCUCGAGAUUUAUUGGAAAAAAAUGAUGACGAGGACAUUAUAUUUUAA